GUUUUGUCUUGAAAGGCAUCUGACUACUGCUGUACCUUCAAUUCUCUUCGUUGUGAUGUCCUCACGGCCUCUUUGAUUUCAUUUAUAGGGUCGUCUUGCCGGAAGUUGCUGCCGUAUUGUAAAGUUCGGGUUUCCUCGUUGCGACGGCCUGUUGGGCGUAACGAACAGCAGUAUUCUACCAUUGACCGUCUUUUCUGCCUCCUGCAAGGACGUGACGGACUUCGCAGCAAAGCCUCUUCGGAGGGUGGGGAGAGGUGGAUGCAAGUUGGCUGGCAGAAUACCACAGACCACUUCCGGGCAAAAAAUAUCUCGUGCCUUCACGGUCAUUGCAUAACACACGCGCCCCGCACGAUUCUCGUCUCUGGCGAAAGGAUAACUACUUUGUCGCCAUCUUCAGGGGGGUGCACAGCAGCAAUCAGAUAUGUAGUCAAAUUAUCAUAACCCCCCCCGGCACAGGUACAAGAUGCCUCGCGUUAUUGGAAAGGUCGAGGGACGGGGCAACGGCAUCAAGACCGUCAUCUUCAACGUGAUGGAUCUGUCCCUCGCUCUCAAGCGCGACCCGGGAGAGGUGUGCAAGUUCUUCGGCACAGAGCUGGGCGCGCAGGCAAGAAGAGCCCGAGACUUUCGGACCCGCUACAACGAGGAGGACGAGCGCGCUAUCGUGAACGGCGCGCACACGAACGCUACCCUCCAGCAGCUGGUGCACAAAUACGUAGAGCUCUUCGUUCUCUGCCCCAACUGCCGCCUCCCCGAGUCGAAGUACAAGAUCAAGAACGGUGCGAUCUUCCACAAGUGCUACGCCUGCGGGGCCAAGGAAAUGGUCGACAUGUCCCACAAGCUCUGCACGUUCAUCGUUAACACCGCGAAGAAGGCCAAGAAGGGCAAGGACAAAGACGCGGCCAAGGACUCGAAGGAGAGGAAGCGCGAGAAGAAGGAGAAGAAGAAGGAGGAGGUAUCUCUGAACGGCGAUGAUUCUGUCAAGGAGAAGAAGGAGAAAAAGAAGAAGGACAAGAAGAAGCGGGACAAGGAGAACACCUCCGAUGACGGCGAGACCAAGGCCACCGUUGACGAGUUCGGCGAUGUGGUCGCCACGUCGGGAAGCCUAGAGGUGGAAGACGCCGUAGCCUUCGACGACUCCGUGGCCGCCAUUCGGCGCCACCUCGACGACGGUACUUCCAACGAAAACAUCUUCGAGGAAAUCCGCACGGCCCAGACGUUCGCCGCGUUCCCAGUCCACUACCGCAUCCACCUUUUUGUGGCCGCCUCUUUCGCCACCGCCGACAAGGUGACAAAGGACGACAUCGAGUCGAGGGCUGCCAUGUUCGACAUGCUCAAGUCUCGCCCUGAAGACCAGAGGCACAUCAUCGGCGCCUUCGAGCUCCUGUGCCAGGCGAGUGCCGUGUUUGGCGUGGAAUUGCAGAAAAAGACGGCAGGCAGGAUUACUCUAGUGCACCGCCCCAACCUGAUGGGCUUCUUCCCCGUGAUCCUCAAGCACCUGUACGACUCGGACAUCGUUGAGGAGGAGGCGAUGCUCAUGUGGGCCGGGGAGCAGGGGCGCUCCGACGAGUUCACGCCGCCCGCGCUAAGCGACGAACAGGUGGCGGCGCUGCGCGCCAAGGCCACUCCGUUCGUAACCUGGCUGGAGGAGGCUGACGAAGAGGACGGAGACGAAGACGAGGACGAAGACGACGACGACGAAGAUGAUGACGAGGUAUCUAAAAAGGUGUUGGUGUGUACACCGCCGUGUGUAGGACUUGCUGCGUUGUGUGUUUGGAGAGUUUUUCAGUGUGUAUGACUCUCAGCAGGUUUUGUUUGGGGUUUGAGGCAACGCGAGCCGUGGCGGGUCUUUUGCGUGCACGGACCAGUUUUCGAUGUUCUUUGGUAGUUGUUGUAUGUGGUACUGUUCAUGUUUUUGUGCCGAUAUCUUUUCUGAGUGUUGGGUGGAGGAGGUCGAUUGCAGGAAUGUUACGUACAAUGACGGUUCUACUAUUUUGGGUGAAGCGUUUAUACGCCCUUAUAAUCAUUUUUUGCGCAGUCCUCUUUAAGCAUGAACAUUGUAGCUGUACAGUAUAUGUGAGACUUACCUUUGGUGUUGGACGAGUGCCGUUUCGUACGAACCAGCUCUCGCGCAAGUGCGUACAUGCGACGGGUGAUUCCGUCCAACAAGACUGCAUAUGGAAACUUUGCGUUGGGUAUUCCGGGCGAGACUGUCGUGACAGUCGCUGUAUCUUGCCUCGGGGCGAAUGCCGCGUCUCCCUCUGUCGCCGCAGGGUUCCUCUCUGUGCUAAUCCUCUGUUGCGCCGCCUGCGUCGUGUUGCUGUCCGCGUUUGGUGUCACGCAGGACGAAGAAGACAGCCCUUAACUUAAACCAAUCCUCCACCUUCCGUGCUUGGGCGCGAGCAUUUACCGGGAUGGUAAUCGCAGGAAGCACCAGUUGACUGAUAAUUCCCUACCAAGCGUUUUGGGGGAGAAGACGGCGUGGGCAGGGGCAGGAUCUGUGAUGGUACUGGACUACGGUCGCACAGAGAUGUGUACACAGCGUCACUUUUUUUCGUUGUCUUACCGUAGAUGUUGGGUGACGAGGACAACGCCCUUACUCGCCCUGCAUUCGAUGGUGUGGAUUGGGUAUUUGUCAAGGGUAUGACGCAUGAGGCGGUUUGGUGUAGUUGACGGGUAGGUAGUUUCGAUGUACGUAAAUGAGUGCUGGCACACACUGUUUUUCCCUGUGCGGGGUGCCGUGAUUCGCUGCUUUUGCUCGUCUACAUGGUGCUGAACGGCGAGACGGUGCGUGCCUUGCCAUGUGGGCUUGUGCGUCCUGUAUGCGUUCUCUUGAGCUUUGCCGCUAUUGAAUGGUGGGUGUAUCGCGCUGGGUUUGGCUUCUCUGACGCGGUGCACUUGUUGGCACGAAGCCAUUCUGAGGACGGUACUUUUCUUCGCGUUUUAUUCGGAAGUUGGACGGGCUCGCGGAGCUAAUCGCUCCCACCAGUUUUUCCGGGCAAUCGUUGUUCUUUUCAAUGCCCCCGAAAUGUAUGAUAUUCCCAUGGGUGGAGUACGUGAAGGUCUGUGCGCUCUUUGAUCCGUAGAAACAUUGCCAUGGGCACUCCGGUGUGUGGGGAGUUUGCCCCUGAGCCGCGGGGUUUUUGGGGUGGGGGCAAUGGCUUGGGGGCAUGUUCGUUGUGUGGCCCUGCCAAGAGAGCGAUCCCUCGAGAAUCGCUCGUUGGAGUAGGUUUUUGUCUGGAAUCGAACUACUUAUUCAAGCUUGGGGAGAACUGCCCAAUUUCAACCGACGAUGAACAAGCGGCGUGAUUUUAGUAUUGAUGGAAUUAGAACAACAUUUCAAUCGUGCGGAUCGUCGCAUCUGCGACAGUCCUUUCUGCAGUGUGUUCAGUACGCCGUCACUGCAGCAUAACGUUUGAGUGAUACCCCAAACCUGUGCGCGUCGCAUCGAAUAGAUACGUGUACACUCGCCCUCAAGAACCUGGUGAAGAUAUCUCAAUGUGGGUGUCGUCGUCCUCUCACUUCGCCCCCCAUUCCCCCUGACCCUUGACAGCUCCCGACGAGCUUGCCCCGCCUCGAGGGUGUGGAGUCAUGUCGAUCCCCGCAAAUGCAGCCAACGAGAAGCGAAAGGGGUUCUUAUCUCCACAUGUGCAAUAUUUGGGUGUUCAGCCUUUGGAAACAGGCUGUCCACGUCACAAUGGAACAGCAGCAGCAGCACGAAUGCCAGUUGAGAAGGGAAGAAGGAGCGUAGCAGUGACACGACCAUUACCCUUGUGCUCGUGGUGUACAGACAAAACCCAUCCAUCUCGACCAUGGUAACUCUUGUUUCAUUUGUCCGCGAAUUAAAAGCCUUGACCUGAACCCAUCAAGCAGUACCUGCGUGAACCUUCGAGCGUUACUCCGAGGGACGAAAGAACGAUACAAUUUAAAAUAAUACAAGGAAGCAGGAAGAUUAUAUCAUCUCGCUCGCAUCCAUCAUGGCUCAGCGACCAUGGAUAGGGCAACCCGGGAACGAGCUAUAUUUAUUUCGCGCGAAGCGCGAAAAAAAUACGAAGAGGCGUAUUCGAAUGACGCGUCCUUUCCUUGUCUUAAAGUUUGAGAGAAGGAAUCCAUGUGUGGUCAUUCGGUGCCCGAAGUUGUGGGUUCAAUCCCCAUCAGCGCCAAACUUUGUUUGCACCUUCCUUUUUUCCCCGAUUUUUCUUCACGAGAUGGGAGGGCCAUCACCACCUAUUGGCGGUAAAUCAGCGAGUAAACCACCGUUCACGCG